AUGGAUUCAGGAUUAGGUAGUUCAUAUCCAGAGGAAAGAAGUGGACCACCAGAAAUUAGACCAGAAGAAAUCAAUUUUGAGGAACUCAUUGGUACUGGUUCCUUUGGUAAAGUUUAUAAAGGAAGAUGUAGACAAAAGGCAGUAGCAGUUAAAUUAUUACAUAAACAAAAUUUCGAUGCAGCAACAUUAAGUGCCUUUAGAAAGGAGGUACACUUAAUGAGUAAAAUUUAUCAUCCAAAUAUUUGUUUAUUUAUGGGUGCUUGUACUAUUCCAGGUAGAUGUGUAAUCGUUACAGAAUUAGUACCAAAAGGAAAUUUAGAAACACUUUUACAUGAUCAAAAAAUUCAAUUACCAUUAUAUUUAAGAAUGAGAAUGGCAAGAGAUGCAGCAUUAGGAAUUAAUUGGUUACAUGAAUCAAACCCUGUAUUUGUACAUAGAGAUAUUAAAUCAUCAAAUCUUUUAGUUGAUGAAAAUAUGAGAGUCAAAAUUUGUGAUUUUGGUUUAAGUGCAUUAAAACAAAAACAUAAAAUGUUAAAAGAUCAAUCAAGUGCAAAAGGUACACCACUUUAUAUGGCACCAGAAGUUAUGAUGUUUAAAGAAUUUAAUGAAUCAAGUGAUGUUUAUUCAUUUGGUAUUGUAUUAUGGGAAAUAUUAACAAGAAAAGAACCAUUUUCUCAUCAUAGAGAAUUAGAGAAAUUUAGAGAGGCAGUUUGUGUCAAACAUGAAAGACCACCAAUUCCAAAUGAUUGUUUGGAUUCAUUAAGAAGAUUAAUUGAAAAAUGUUGGGAUAAAGAACCAAUUAGUCGUCCAUCCUUCAAAGAGAUCAUUAGUGCAUUGGAUCAUGUUAUCAUUGAUGCCGCUAUCUCUGAUUUGAAUGGUAGAGACUUUUGGAAGAAAUCUUUCCUCACCGAGCAAGAGGUACCUUGGGAGGCAUUCAUUGAUGCACUUUGCAAUUGGUCAAAGGCACCAGCUCGUAAUCAAUGUGAUAAAACUUCAAUCGACUAUUUAAAUAUCAAAUGUUUGAAAGCAGUUUUGGCAGAAUCUCCAAAAUCUGAAGGUACUGGUGUUGAAACCGUUGUAAACAUUGAAAAGUUUGGUAAGAUUUUAGAGUUUUUCGGUCCAGUACCUGAACCAGCUCCAGGUCAUUCAAUUAUGGACACUGUUAGAGAGAUUCUCUCUCAAAAAUGGUUCCAUGGUGAUUUAGACACCACUGAAGCAGCUUCACGUUUAAAUGGUCAACCAAUUGGCUCAUUUUUAAUUCGUUUCAGUUCAACCAAUGCCGGUUGUUUCACCAUUUCUCAAGUGGUCGAUGGUGGCUCAAUUAAACAUCAAAGAGUCUCAAGACAAGGCGUUAAAUUUAACUACCAAAAUGUAAUUUACAACAGUCUCAUUGAAAUCGUCAGUAAAAAUGGUGGUGGUGCUAAUGGUGACGUUAAAUUAGAUUCUCAAUUAGGUGUUCCAAAUUAUAAAUUUAUGUCUUUAUUCUGUGUAUUAAAUAAAGAAUCAGAAGUUUACCAAUAA